UGUCAACGAAACCCGAUUCCCAGAAGCGCCAGAGCGAGCAGAAACGAAGCGGCAUUGGAAUUCGAGUGCCCCGAGGAAUUCGGAUAUUACCCACAUCCGCGUGAUUGCACGCAGUACUAUGUCUGCGUAUUCGGCGGUGCUUUACUCGAAUCCUGCACAGGAGGAUUAAUGUACAGGUCAGCGAAAAUCGAGACGCUUCAGGAACAGCAACAGCAGCAGCGAUCGCAACAACAGAUCCGGGAACAGCAGCAACAGCACAGGCGUGAACAACAACAGCUACAGCAACGUCCCGUUCAAAGACAACCGAUCCCAAUCACGUCCACGCAGUCUCCGGUACCUCAGAUUACCGAGAAGCAGAUUCGUCAGAGGCAACAGGCCAGGAACUAUCACGAGGACGAGUACGAGCCAGCGUCGGAAGUGGAGAGCGAUAGGCAGCAACGUGUCUACAGAGGACAACCGUCGACGAUCGGCCAAGUUCAGCGAGACAGGGAUGGUCUUCGAAGAAACGUGAUUUCGGACGCAAGUACCAUCGUCCGAGUCGCCAAGAGUCGCCAAGAUCCUAGCUUCCACCGUCGCCUCGGUCAUCCCCAAGUCGUACUACAACGAUCCAGACCAGAGUUAUCCUUAUUACACCAUCUAUGACGACGACGUGUCCAUUUACAAAGACGAUGAUUACAAUCAAUACAGCGUGAACCAAUCGGUGCCCGUUCAACCGAGCGUCAAGAUCAGCGAGGUGAACACGAAACAGUACCAGAAGCCAAAAAAAGUGGCGGUGAACGAAGCGGACAAGUACAACCUGAAUCAAGACGUCACGGUGCAGGACUACGACAUCUACGAGAAUCAGGCCGAACGUGCUCAGCCACCCUGUCCACGUGACGACUCCAAACGCCAUCGUUGACACGUUCAUCCCGCUGACGACCACCACGCAGCUUCCAACCACCACCAACAGACCUUACACGGUCAAUGCACCCAGACGAUCGCGGCCGACUUUGAAACCGUCCACGGAGAUCGUGUCGAAAGCGCAGGAGUUCAUCGACAUCUAUAGGUAUCCACCUUCGAGGCCGGCGCCGAUUUAUCCGACUCCUCAGGUCGACAAACCGGCGGCCAAGUGUCGCAAGGACGUCUGCCUGCUUCCUGAUUGCAGCUGCGGCGGUGCGGACAUUCCAGGUGGAAUCCCGGUCGAACAGACGCCGCAGAUCGUUCUGCUGACGUUCGACGACGCGGUGAACGAUCUGAACAGACCGUUGUACACCGAUCUAUUCGAGAACGGCCGUAAGAAUCCGAACGGCUGUCCGAUAACGGCCACGUUCUAUGUUUCGCACGAGUGGACCGAUUAUAGCCAGGUGCAAAAUCUUUACGCGGACGGCCACGAAAUGGCAUCGCACACGGUCUCAAAUACCGCAAAUCGUUCUCCUAACAUUCGACGAUUCGGUGAACGACCUGAACAAAGGCCUCUACGUCGACCUGUUCGAGAAAGGGCGAAAAAAUCCAAACGGCUGCCCCAUCGCCGCCACGUUCUACGUCUCCCACGAGUGGACCGACUACAGCCAGGUGCAAAAUCUCUAUGCCGCCGGUCACGAGAUUGCCUCCCACACGGUUUCUUCUCUCAUCGAAAGUGGGCGCGAGAAGUGGCCGGGCAACGUGAAAUCCUCUCGGCGUACGGAGGCGUCAAGCUGGAAGACGUCAGGGGAAUGAGAGCUCCGUUCUUAUCGGUCGGCGGAAACAACAUGUUCAAAAUGUUAUGGGACACGAACUUUACGUACGACUCAUCGAUGCCGAUAUACGAAAAUCGACCACCAAGUUGGCCGUAUACCUUGGACUAUAAACUGUUCCACGACUGUAUGAUUCCUCCCUGUCCUACGAGAUCUUAUCCAGGCUUGUGGGAAGUUCCUAUGGUGAUGUGGCAGGAUUUGAACGGAGGUAGAUGUUCGAUGGGAGACGCGUGUAGCAACCCGCCGACUGCGGAUGGUGUUUACAAGAUGCUGAUCAAGAAUUUCGAAAGACAUUACACGACGAACAGAGCGCCAUUUGGGUUGUUCUAUCACGCUGCCUGGUUCACACAGCCUCAUCACAAGGAGGGCUUCAUCUCGUUCCUAGAUACCAUAGUCGCGAUGGACGACGUGUGGAUCGUAACGAACUGGCAGGCAAUUCAGUGGGUCAGAAAUCCUACGCCGUUGCCGCUGUUACACACGUUUGAACCCUUUGGAUGUAACUACCCGGACCGGCCGAAGAAAUGUAACAACCCAAAGGUCUGCAAUCUGUGGCACAAAAGCGGGGUGAGGUACAUGAAGACGUGUCAGGCGUGUCCAGACAUCUAUCCAUGGACGGGCAAAACCGGGAUACGAAGCAGUCGCAUCGACAACGACGUCGACGCGCACGAAUGAACGAAAAAGAGGGAUUCCGUGCGAUCGAAGCCCACCCAGCCGAAGAAGAGUAGCAGCGCCAACGGAGGAGACGAGACGUUUUUUUUUUUUACACCGAUUCGACUCAAAUCCCGUCCUUCAUUUCUCCACUAGCCACGUCCCACGAAACUCAUCCAGGUCGAGUACGCCAACGAAAUCGACUCGAAAUCAUACCAGCACCACCACCAUCGCCAUCUUCUUCCUUCUCCUUCCUCCAUCCGAGCAUCACAACGGGUGAGUCCUCGACAACGUAUUUAACAGAGUAACAAUGUCGUUUGACUCAUGUUGAUGCUCGUUUUCCCGAAACGAGCCACUCUGCACGACGCGGUGAACGAACGCACGAUGGCCGAACAGUUUCGGAGCCUCUGCAAUUCCGAUUGAGCAAAAGACAAACAAAAAUUGUCUAAUCUAGCUACGUUACACAGCGUAGUAAUACCUAUCGUAUAUUAUAUUAAUAUACGUUGGUUGUAAAUUUGCUUCUAAAUAAUUUCUCAUAGUAUAAUAGUUUCGUUUGACGAGUAGUGAGAUCGGUAUAAGUGUGUCUACGAUCGCAAGGUCCUUUGACUAAGCAAGCAAUCAACGCAUCGGACAUUCGUAAUUCAUACGAUUAACCAGCCGUGGUUGUACGUAUAUCAAAUAGAAGAUACAUGGUCGUGCCGGAGAAUUGGAAUCGUGGUACUCGAAAGAAAGAUCGGUCGAUAUUUUGCGCUCGAGUCAAGGCAUCGACCGAUUAAUCACCGUCUAAUCUUUGUCUCCGCGUUGUCCUUCCUAUCAUUUCCUUGCCCUUCGUCUUCUGUCUUCGCCUUCGUUCUCCCUCCCCUUCGCUGAUUCUUUCCCACUCGUUUAGACUCUUCGAAGCUUGUAUCCUUGGCGUACUCGGCCAAAUCCGAUAGAUAAAUUAAUUAAUUAAUUACAAGGUAUCAAAGCGCACGUCGUGGGCGUGCAAACGCAGACAAAAAAAACUGGAAUCGUCGUCGGUCGCCAAUCGAGGUUUUUCCUAGAAAUCGAUCUGGAGGUUCAGCACGCGCGGAAGUCGCCUUGCGGACGAAAGAGACGAACCGAGAGAACCGAGCGUUCACCGUGAACGAAGUUGUACGCGCGCACGAGGGGAUCGUCGUGUAUACCAUUUUAGAACCUGAAACUGUAAUAAUACGCCUUUAAUCAAUAAACGUUUCGCUACAAUUCCU